CGAGGUCAGAAGACGAUCUAAACUGGAUACUUACAAAGCUUGAUAUAAAGAUAUUUCAUUUAGGCUACAGCAGCUGCACCGCAACUCCGGAAUCCAUCAUGUCUCUUACCGUCAAGAGCAUAUCUGUAAUUUACAACCCGGUUAAUCAGAAUAACACGUUCACCAACGGAGACUUUAUAUCGGGACAAAUAAUUCUCGAAGUUGCGAAGGAUACACAAAUGCAGUCUUUGGGUAUCAAAAUCAAAGGGAAGGCGGACGUCUACUGGACCGAACGACAUGGCAAAACUACUGUUGUUUACUCAGACAAGGAAAAAUAUUAUUCAAUAGAGAGGUUUUUCGUUCACGAAGACAAAAAACACGAGCAAGCGUUACUGAAAGAUCCUUCUGGACAGCCUUAUUGCGCUGUUGUAGGACCAGGACGUCAUGUUUACCCAUUCCUGUUUCAGCUGCCUCAACAGAACUUUCCACCAUCUUUCAAGGGUUCAGUAGGCAAAAUUGUGUACAGUUUGAAGGCGAAACUGUCUAGGUCAAUGCGUAUUUCUAGCACAGCCACAGCUGAGUUCCAAUAUGUCCCCAGACCUGAGCUGUCUAAUCCUGAACUAAUGGCGCCUCAGUAUGGAAGCAAAGAUAAACAAAUGAAGUUCUUUACAUCUGGGAGUGUUUCUAUGAACAUAAGCACUGAGAAAAUGGGAUACUAUCUUGAUGAGGGGUUAAAAGUUUUGGCUGAAAUUCAUAACAAUUCAUCCCGUGCCAUCAAGCCAAAAUACUGCCUGUAUCAAAAGCACAGUUUCUUUGCAAGAGGCAAAAGAAGACUACACACACAUGACGUUAUUAAGGAGGAAGGGGAACCUAUUGAGCCAAACACAAACAAGAAUAUCACUAAAGUGCUCACCAUCCCGCCCAGCCUUACCAUUUCGACCCUAAACUGUAGAAUUAUUAAGGUUGAGUACAGACUCAGAGUCUACCUGGAUGUGCCGUACGCCUCCGAUCCAGAGAUCAAAUUUCCAAUAGUGUUUCUUCCUCCUCAAACUACCUCAGGUGCAAAGGGUCCCACUAACAGUGACUUUGGAAUUUGGAACCAACAAGCAGGAGGCAGUGCAUACCCCAAUGCACCCCCAUCUGCCCCACCUGCACCUCCAUCUGCCCCACUUGCACCUCAGUUUGGUGCCCCUGGUUACUCUGGACCUCCUGGUUACUCUGGACCGCCUGGUCAGUUUGGCGCCCCUGGUUACUCUGGACCUCCUGGUCAGUUUGGUGCCCCUGGUUACUCUGGACCGCCUGGUCAGUUUGGUGCCCCUGGUUACUCUGGACCCCCUGGUCAAUUUGCUGCUUCUGGUUACUCCGGACCUCCAAGUCAAUUUCCUCCUCCUAGUUACCCUGGACCCCCAGCUCAACAAUGUCCUUCAAAUCCUCAACAGCCCGAUUCAUCGGCUCCACCUCCUUAUCAGGAAUAUCAAUUAUAUCCACAGUUGCCUGAUGACACUAAAAAAUCUUGACAGAGUGAUUUUACACUUACCUUUGUGCUUCAUUUUUGAUUGUCUGAACUAUUUGUUUAUCUGUGUGGAUUUGUUAAAAUGAUGUGAUGACAUGUUUUUAUGUGAGCUAGUGUAGUUUUAGAAAGUUAUUUUAAUUAGCAUAAAUAUAGAUUUAGUAUUUCUGUCUCUAUACCUGCAUAAAGGGAAAUUUACGUUUAUAAUAUGAAUGCAUUUAGUAUAAUGGUAACACUUUACAAAAGGGUGUAUUAGUAAACAACAUUAGUAAAUGCAUUAACUGAAAUUAACAUUACAAACAAUGAUUAAUGUAGUAUUCAGACUUUAUUAAGUUUGUUAAUGUUGGUUUAUGUCAGUUAUUCAUGUUAACAGUUACAAGCAACAUUUGAUAAAAAAAUGAAUGCUUAAAUUAAAGGAAUAGUUCACCCAAAAGUCACCCUUAUGUUGUUCUAAACCUGUAUGAGUUUUUUUAUUUGAUGAACACGAAGAUAUUUUGAUAAAUAAUUGGAAGCACUCAGCUGAUUGACUUCCAUAGUAGGAAAACAAAUAAUAUGGAAUUAUUGUGACAAUAUGAAAAAUUAAUUCAUACACAGGGCUUCAGACUAACUUUUUCACUAGGAGCACAGUGGCCCCCAACUGAAAAUUUUAGGGGCGCAACCAGAAAAUUUAGGGGCACACACCGUAAAUCAACAUGCUAACCAAAUAUUCACAUUUCUACUCAUUUCCACUGUAUUACUAAUAAAUACUUUAAUGAUAGACGCAGAAAGUACAAUGUGCCAUUUCAAAUUCAGUGUCACAUCACAAAAAAAGAUCAAAUUUACUAGUCGCACAUGUGCAACUGGAUGUAAAAUUCAGUGGCACACUCUCAAAUUUUGGUGGCAAAAUGCCACCAUUUGGUGACAGUGUGGAGCCCUGAUACAGGUUUAGAACAACAUGUGGAUGAGAAAAUGAUGACAUAAUUUUCAUUAUUGGGUAAACUAUACCUUUAACUUUGACCAAGAUUAAUAUAUGCAGAAGUAUUGUUCAUUGAUAGUUAAUGUUAGCUAAUGCAAACUAAAUGUUAACAAAUACAACUUUAUUCAAUAUAAAACAUAUAAUAUAUUACAAUUAUACAAUAUAAUACAUAUAAUGACUUGAUAUAAUGACCUGAAAUAUAUUGUGAGGUUCUUUAAAAGUCAAAAGUGAUUUUUGUUUUUACUUUGAAAACAAAAUUACUCUUUUAAAUACUUAAUAGUGACUAAAAGCUGGAACAAUUGUCUUUAAAUGGAAAUACUAAGAUUUCAGCUUAGUAAGAUUAACUUGUAGUGUAAUAGUAAAAUGCUAUCUGUGAAGAAAUAAGCUAACUUCUUUGCCUUGGUUUGUUGUAAAAGCAUUGAGUCAUGUUUGCUCAAGUAUUGCCAAUGAUAAAAGAGAUUACUAUGCUACAAUAUGUCUUGAACGGCACACAGUACUUGACAUAUGUGACAUUUUUAACGAAUUGCAGCUCUUUUGUCUGUGGGUCUGUAUACAGUACAUAAUAACCACAGCUGAUACAUUUCAGAACAGGCACAUUCCUUAAUGUCUUUGCUACAAAUAUGUCAAAAUUUUUACUUAUGGUCCAGGAAAAUAAAUAGUUAAUUUACAGAAACUCAACAUUACCCUGUGUUAACGUCUCAAUAAGCAUAUAGGUUAAGUUGUUCAUGUUAGCUCUUAAUCAGUCAUAAAUCAGUUUUCCUUUGAGUAUACAGAGCAGGAAUGGGUAUGAACUGAAUAUGGGAUGGGCCAUGGAGGCAAAUUGUGUUUACCUUUUAUAUGGGCAUGCAGACAGGGGAUUCUGUCUUCAAAGGCAGGGUGCAUGAUCUCUGAAAGCCAAUGUUGAAUUUUAAAUCACCUAAACAAACAUGCCCCUACCCCAAUAGAAUCUGGACCUUCUUUUGAUAGACCCGCCCAACACAUACGGAACCCAGGCAACGAAGUUGGUUAGUAGACACGCCACUUACUGAUGAUUGGCUAAAAGUGUGUUUUGGGACUCGAUCCGACUACCUUUUCCAAAGCGUUUCUCAAAAAUCAUGCACCCCGCCUUUAAGUAUUAUUAUUAAGGCUAGUUCUGGCUUUUAGUGAAAAUAAAAAAGUUAAAAGUUAAAAUUGCAUAUUAUGAAAUACUAAUAAAUAAAAUGUAUUUAAAAAAGUAUGAAUGUAUAAAACAAUUUUGUACAUUAUAGCAUCAAAAUGACUGAAUUCACUUGCUUUGUAUUCACUAAUAGAAUGGUGAUAGUAAAUAAACUUCGAAGGUCACCUGCAUGACUUUAGUGACAGAAAUACUUACAAAUGAGCCAAUGCCAUGUUUCCGUGUUUUCUGUUUACACCCAAACUCAUUUGCACAUCUAAAGAACUAUUUAGUCACCUCCCAAGAAAGCAGGCAGCAAUUUUUAUACACUUAGCACAGCUGUAAGCUAAUUCAAAGAGAACAUAAACAACAAUUGCUAUUGCAGAAUGGAUACUUGGAAUCAUUUUUUUCAUCAAAUUAAAAUGGUUUAAUGCUAAACUGUAGAGGACAAGUGGGUUCAAAGAAUGAAUGGAUGUAAAAAUACAUGUUGAAUUAUAUAACGUGUGAUUU